UCGGCGGCCCCUUCCGGCAGGUCGAAACUAGGAAGAAACUUGGAGCUGUCGCGUCGUACGCCCCCCUCCGCCCCUCUCUCCCUUCUCUUUCCCCCACGGGGUGGCCGAGGGCUUGGUCCCUUCCGCCCCAGGAGCCCGAGGCAUGGAGCGGCCCUGCCCCGUGGCGCUGUGAGCCACUCAGCCUCCCCGCCAGGCCGUGAGGAGGAGGGCGGUGUCGCCGCCGCCGCCGCCCUCCCGUCCGCCCGUCCGCGCCGGGCACCAUGAACAUCGACGUGGAGUUCCACAUCCGCCACAACUACCCCUGGAGCAAGCUGCCGGCCAAUGUCCGACAGGGCCUUGGAAAUUCACAGAGAGAAUAUGAAAAGCAAGUUGUGCUUUAUAGUAUCAGAAAUCAGUUACGAUACAGAAAUAACUUAGUUAAGCAUGUCAAAAAGGAUGAACGCAAAUACUAUGAGGAAUUGUUAAAAUACAGUCGAGAACAUCUCAUGUUGUACCCCUACCACUUAUCAGAUAUUAUGGUAAAGGGCUUGAGGAUAACACCAUUUUCUUAUUAUACUGGGAUUAUGGAGGACAUAAUGAAUAGUGAAAAAAGCUAUGAUUCAUUGCCCAAUUUUACUGCUGCAGACUGUCUAAGGCUUCUUGGAAUAGGAAGAAAUCAGUAUAUUGACCUUAUGAAUCAGUGUAGAUCAUCAAAAAAAUUUUUCAGAAGGAAAACUGCUCGUGAUCUUCUGCCAGUGAAGCCUGUGGAAAUUACUAUAGAGGCAUGGUGGGUGGUUCAGGCUGGUUAUAUCACAGAAGAUGAUAUAAAGAUAUGCACUUUGCCUGAGAAAUGUGCUAUUGAUAAGAUCAUCGAUUCAGGUCCUCAGCUGUCUGGAUCUCUAGACUACAAUGUAGUACACAGUUUAUAUAACAAAGGAUUUAUUUAUCUUGAUGUACCCAUAUCUGACGACAGUUGUAUAGCAGUACCACCGCUUGAAGGUUUUGUAAUGAACCGAGUCCAAGGUGAUUAUUUUGAAACUCUACUCUACAAGAUAUUUGUUUCAAUAGAUGAGCACACUAAUGUUGCAGAGCUUGCAAAUGUCCUUGAGAUAGACUUAUCACUAGUGAAGAAUGCAGUUUCCAUGUACUGUCGAUUAGGUUUUGCCCAUAAGAAAGGACAAGUAAUUAAUUUGGAUCAACUUCAUUCAUCUUGGCGGAAUGUUCCUUCUGUAAACCGAUUAAAGAGUACUUUAGAUCCACAAAAGAUGCUCCUUUCAUGGGAUGGUGGGGAAAGUAGGAGUCCUGUGCAAGAAGUUUCUUCAGCAACUGAUACAGACACAAAUAGUCAAGAAGAUCCAGCUGACACAGCCAGCCUGAGCAGCUUGAGUCUGUCUACAGGAUACACAAAGCGUAUCGCCUUCCUAUUUGAUUCAACUCUCACUGCCUUUUUAAUGAUGGGAAAUCUUUCACCCAACUUGAAAAGUCAUGCAGUUACUAUGUUUGAAGUUGGAAAACUAUCAGAUGAAUCUCUGGACAGCUUUCUUGUAGAACUUGAAAAGGUUCAGAGUACUGGUGAAGGAGAAGCACAAAGAUAUUUUGAUCAUGCACUUACUCUGAGAAACACAAUAUUGUUCUUACGACACAAUAAAGAUCUAGUUGCACAAACGGCACAACCAGAACAACCUAAUUAUGGUUUUCCGUUGGAUCUUUUACGAUGUGAAAGCCUCCUUGGUUUGGAUCCUGCCACCUGCAGUAGAGUCUUAAACAAAAAUUAUUCUCUACUUGUUUCCAUGGCUCCCCUCACCAAUGAAAUCCGACCCAUCAGCAGCUGUACUCCCCAGCAUAUUGGACCAGCCAUACCAGAAGUGAGCUCAGUCUGGUUUAAAUUAUACAUUUACCAUGUUACUGGCCAAGGACCACCAUCUCUUUUACUUUCCAAAGGUACAAGACUUCGAAAACUUCCGGAUAUAUUCCAGGGUUACGAUCGCUUAUUAAUAACUUCUUGGGGUCAUGAUCCUGGAGUAGUUCCUACGUCGAAUGUGCUUACGAUGUUGAAUGAUGCUUUAACACAUUCUGCAGUUUUAAUUCAGGGCCACGGCAUGCAUGGAAUGGGUGAAAUCAUGCAUAUACCUUUCCCCUUUGAUGAAUUGGAACUGCAAGGAGAGUUGACUCGAGCCAAUCUCGGUGUUCAUAAAGCACUGCAGACGUUGCGGGAGAAAGUGGACUUAGAGCACCUCUGUGGCUAUGUCACCAUGCUGAAUGCUUCCAGCCGGCAUGCUGCCAACAGAAAACUCAGUGAUGCCUCUGAUGAAAAAGGUGAACCUGAUUUGGCUUCAGGAUCAGAUGUAAAUGGAAGCACAGAAUCAUUUGAAAUGGUCAUUGAGGAGACUGUAGAUUCAACAACAAAGCAAAAUGUUGAUGUAGCUACAACAGAAGUUGAAUGGGUUCCUCUUGAGUUAUGCUUUGGAAUUCCUCUAUUUAGUUCUGAAUUGAAUCGCAAAGUCUGUAGGAAAAUUGCUACACAUGGACUUUGUAAGAAAGAAAGCCUUCAAAAACUCUUACAUUCCAGUAGAAAACUUUCUCUCCACGUUCUUAAUUUUGUUCAUUCAUUCCAGGAAGGAAUUUCAACCCUGGACUUACACACGGAGGCCAAUUUUUCAAGUAUGUUUUCACAGCCUCCUUGUGCUGAAUUGGGUGUUCCACUUCCUGCGAAGAACUUAAUAUUUAAAGAUGGCAUCUUAUCUGAGUGGAAUGGACGGUCACCUUCAUCAGUACUUAUUGCAAAUGUCAAUUUGCAGUAGUUCAUUCACAUACCAUUUGUUGUUCACACUUACUGCCUUUUUUCUUUCUUACAGUUAAUUUCUAGUGCCAGCCACUAAGAAGUGUACUGCUGCUGCAGAAUAACGUAUGCUAAAGUGGUGUUAAAAGUGUAUUGUGUUGCAGUUUGGGGGAAAAUAUUUGCACUGUCUGGAGUCUUACUCAUUACUGCAUAUCCUACUGCAACAGAGAGCUUUUUGGCAGUCAGCAUUGUAUUUUUACCUGAAGACAAUCUGCAUUUCUUUUAUAAAUCUAAAGAUACCCUUUAUAGGCUUUAUGAUGAUUGUUAAAUUUAUAAGCUGUCACCACAAAUAAUGCAAUGGUAAUUUUAUAUGUCAGUUACUCAAACAUGAAUCCUGUUUAAUUUUAUAUUUUAUUACCUAUACUUUUUGGGGAGUAAUGGAAAGAGAUUGAACUCUUCCACUGAAGAGGCUUCCUGGUACUUAAAGUAGUAAAAAUGCAAAAAAACAGUAAAAUCCAGUGUUGUGUGCUGAUAUGAUGGGGGCAUUAUAAAUUGUAGCAAUUGUCUGUAAAUUAUGUAUAUCAGUUGGACAGUGUUGAAAGUAUGUAAAUCAGCAUAGUUAAAAAAUAAUUUGGCCUUGAUUUAUAAGGUCUUAACUCUUAAAACAUUAAGAUUCAUGCCUUGUGAGAAACUUUGAAAAACAUUCUACAUAUAAGCAAUGUGGUUUCAGAUAUGUAAGCUUAGCUUCAUUAUCUCUCACCAUAGAUUUUAUUUUUUGUCAGAUAUUUCUAUAAUAAGAGACCUUGUUUGGUUGCUACUAUUGCUGCCCAUUUUUGGUUUAAGUAGCCUUUGUUUAUAAACAUAAGACUGAUUUAUAUGGAAACAGAUUUCAUGUUUACAAACCAAAGAUUGGGGGCUUUAGGUUCAAAUUAACAUCAGGGAACAGUAAGUGUUGGCUGAAUUAGGAAAAAAAGUCUGAUAAAUUAAUUAUUCAGCUGAAUUAACAGUUGUUCCAUGUAGACACAGCCUUCAUCUUAUGGAAUCUGAAUCCCAAAGUAAGUGGGCCUGGGGAAGAAGAUAAAGGGAAGUGGAGUGUUGUUUCAAAGUUUUUCUUGAGCUGUCAUUUCCUUUAAUAUGACAAAUGUUAACUAGUAAGUAAUUCACUUUGACAUUUAUCAAGUUACCUUCCUUAGGAGGUUUGCGCAGUGUUAUUGUUUAGUUUAGACUAAUCUGUAAGAUGAUUGCUUUGCCAGUUUAAUUAGACAUCCUGGUAAAACAGCAUAUAUGAGAAACACUUAAAUUUGCAGAAUGGUUAUAACAUAAAGAUUUCUGCUGAUCUUUUUUUCUUGUUCUAUAAAGAACAGUUAUUUGUGUGUUUAAUCUGGUAAUAUAUGUCUUUCCUAAAACUGUAAUCAUAACCAUGCCUUCAGUCUUCAGUACUGUGUGCUCACAAUAUCAUUAAAAAAUCUGGACCAAGAACCUGUGGCAUGGUGAGUGCUGGAAAGUGUUCAUGGUAAAUGUGAUAACAUUUUGUUUUCUGCUGUAGUAGGAACCAAGUGUGUGUUAAAUAUAUGUUUAAAAAAGGAAAAAUAAUGCAUACUAAUAGUAAAAUGAUUUGUUAAGCUGUGAAUCACACACUGAUUUCUCAUAUAACUGUUAAUGUACAUUCCUCUUCCUGUAAAUGUGUAACUUGCAGUUUCUCAACUGAAAGUCCAAGUACUUAAUUUGAUCAGUGCUGCUUUUUAUUCUAACAUUUUUCUUAUCUGGUUUAUUUUUACUAACUACAGGUAGUUAUUUAUUCUGCAAAUACUAAUACUUUGGGCCUACUGUGAUGUGUGCACUAAUAAAGGAUUGAAUAUUUGUUUUUGUUGGCAGUAAAUCCAGUUUUUCAUAAAUUUGUAACAAAAUAUGGGAAUGAUUUUCUGCCUUAUUUCCUUUAGAAGAAAAUAGAGUGGAAGAUGGAAUAAGAUAGCAAUCAUGCAUUUUAAGGAAAAAUGAUUGAAAAAGCUUGUGUUCAACUCUGCUUUUUGGUCUCUGCCAUUGAUAAGGAAAAAGGAAUCAUUUGAUGUACAGCUUGGUAGAGCUUCCAUACUGUAAGGGAUGGGGGUAAGCAUAUUCAGUAUUGUAAACAAGAAAUGUAAAAUGCUGUUUUCAGAUUGUGUUUUACAAAUUUAGCUUUAUUUCAUUACAGUUGUAUAUAUGCUCAUAAAAGAAACAUACAUUAUCUCAUGUAAAGUUACAUCUCUUCAUUUGAAGCUGGCAAUUCAGUGAAACUUUAAGAAAUACAAACUGUUACCUAAUCAAUAGGUGACUACCAAAGAGAAGGAUCAUUAAAGAUUUUUAACUCAAUUUUGUUGCUGUUUGACGUGAUUCCAAUUGGCUUUGUUGCUUUUUAUUAUUGUCUUUGUGUGGCUUAAACAGAGGAAAGACUUCUUUAAAAACCAAAAGAGACAGAAAGAACCUGUCAAAACGGUUGAUAGAUAUUAUAGUUAAGUAGAGCCAUUUAAAGUAUGUGGUAGUCCCCUUGUCCUCUUUUAAUGUGUUCAGAUAAUUUUGUGUUUGUUUUUCUUGGGGAAUAGUGCAGCCGAUCUACUCAAUACUUUUAGCUGGAAUUAUGUUAAGCAUUUAGAAUUGAGAUUUACCGUUUUUCUUACUGGUUUAUUCCCUGAGGGUUUCAGUUCUCUUUUUUUCUCCCCUUGUUCCGUCUUUCAAACACAGUUUGUAUUUAAGACGUUUUAAAGUACCAAAAUUGUAACUUGAGUACAAUGGAUUGUUUUCUGGUAUGACAUUGUUAAUAGUAUACAAUGAAAUGUAUAAAACUUUGUGUUCAAUUUGAUGAUUGGCACAUGUAACAUAAAUGUUUACAAUAAACUAUUCCCGAUCAA